AGUUUUCAUGUAUGAUUAAAACAAGUUUGGUAGUGACGGUGAUUGGUCCGAGCCUUUGGGAAUUACCUGUGUGUAGGAGGUUAAUGAGGGUGGUGGUACCCGUGUUAUGGGUGGAGGUCGUGGAUUGAUGGACAACGAGGAAAUGGGACUCGUUUAUAAUCAUACAACCCUUCAAGUUUCCAGGAACUGGCCUUGGAGUUAGUAAUGCUGCUGACAGUGACUGCCUGCUACUUGGGCAAGGCUGAACUCUGCACGCUGGAACAUCGGUGACUGAAACCCCAGGACUUGAGACUAGAAACAUGCUCAGUAUGAGUAUAAAUGGACAAUGCCUUUCUACAUUUAGUCAGCUAGAUUGGACAACAGUUUAAAUCAUCUCAGUUUCUGUGGACUUUAGAUCCUUAUGUAAGAAUAAUGGCAGAUAUGCAGCAGACGUUGGAUACGGUAUCUCGGAAAUUUCCAGGCAGAAACGAUCAGUUUCUAGAUGACCACGGCGGACCGAAAUGCUUGGAGAAUGAAAGUCCGGCACCUUCAUCUGGUACUCCUAAAUGUUUAAACGGCUGUGUACCUCUGUCUCAUCAAGUUGCGGGACAUAAGUAUGGAAAAAAUAAAAUUGGAAUGUUGCAACACCCAGAUGGCACAGUCUUGAAACAACUACAGCCCCCUCCUCGUGGUCCACGCGAAUUAGAUUUCUACAAAAUGGUAUAUGGUUCUGAUUGUCACAGCACUGCCUUGAAACAGUUACAGAUGUUUCUGCCAAAGUACUAUGGUGUUUGGACACAUCCUGGUGCACCAAAUGAUCAAUACCUAAAACUGGAAGAUGUAACUUGCAAGUUCAAGAAACCAUGCAUAAUGGAUGUAAAAAUGGGUCAGAAAAGUUAUGAUCCAGAUGCAUCACCUGAGAAGAUUCAGGAACAGAUCAACAAAUACCCUCUAAUGGAAGAAAUUGGUUUCUUGAUACUAGGAAUGAGAGUUUACAAAACAGAAUCAGAUGCAUAUGAAACCCGCAAUCAGCAGUAUGGAAGACAGCUAGUAAAGGAAACUGUUAAAGAAGGUUUAUCCAGAUUUUUUCACACUGGAUGUUGCUUGAGAAAAGAUGUCAUUGCUGCUUGCAUUCAGAAGAGUAAGAACAUCCUGCAGUGGUUUGAAAGUCAGACUGAAUUCAGUUUCUAUGCAAGUUCAUUGUUAUUUGUCUAUGAGGGCUUGCCCCAACCAGUGGUUUUAAAGAUGAAAGACGACCAGGUAGCAACCUGGAAAGGUCCACUUAAAAGGCAUCUUCCGGAAGAAGAAGAUGAAGAUACAGUAGAGUGUAACAACAAUAUUUGUGCAGUACUGUCUGCAGAAAAUGGAAGAAGGGUGGCAGUUUCCGAGUCUCAGAACUUGUCACAAAAGUAUGCUGUUCAUAAGAAGCCACACCUAACUAAACACCAUCAGGAGGCUCAUUUGGAAACUAAAAGUAUGGAGCCAGAAAACAGAGAAGUGACAAGUAACAAAUUUAUACUAGAGCAGUUGCAUGACAGUGAAACGACACAAUCAGACAAAGAGUUGUGUAAUAAAUGUUUAGUACAGCAAAAUGUUGAAGUGGAAGUAAAAAUGAUUGAUUUUGCUCAUGUUUUUCCUGUUAAUGUAAAAGAUGAGGGUUAUAUUUAUGGGAUCAAGCAUUUAAUUGAAGUACUACAAAAUAUUUUAGAUGAUUAGUUCCUUUUUUCCAUAUUCUCAUUUUAAUAGGGGCAAUAUUGAUCAAUAGUAUAGCUCAAAGAAGAAAUCUGCACUAAUGUAAUGCUUAUCUGGGUUUAUAGUGCACUUGUGUUUUGUAAAGUUCGGUAAAGUGGUAAUUUUAUAAUCGUACUCAGGAAAGCUGAUAUAUGUUUGCAGCUAUUGUGUCCAGUAAAGUAGGCAGAAAGGACUACUGAAUGAUCCAUAUGGACACAAAUUUUUUUAAAUGACUACAUAAAAUUGUUGUAAAAACCUUAAAAUGUAUAUUAGGUAUAUUAAUUAUAAACAGAAGGUAUGACUUAACUUUUGUAUGAUUGCUUUGGCAUACUGGAAGUCUGGUGUUUCAGCCACAACUUUGAGCCAUAUUGAAAAAAAUAUUUUUACAACAGUUGCUUAUAGUAUAUUGACAUAAAGUACUGCCAUCCAUCUUUAGAUCAGCAAAUCUUUUAGGAAUAUUCAGGAAUGUAAUUAUCAAAUGGUACUCAAAUUGGUACUUGAUAGAAUGCUUGACCAAAAAUACUUGAUCCUCACUGGAAGCCGUAGCUUCAUCAGUUUUGAUUUUAUUACAGUCUUUCCUUAACUAGUUCCCAGGUGAACACCAAUGAUGAUGUUUUAUGUUAUUUCAUAUGAUUUCUGUCAAACCGAUUGGUUUGAGGUAAGAACUUGAAACUUUAAUUUUGAUUUUAAAGUUAGUUUAAACUACAACCAAUUUGCAUUGAUUAUGCACAUGUAUUUUUUUAAUUUGUUUCUUAACAGUAUUGUGAAAACUGGAAAUCUUAGCUGCUGAAUCACUUGAUUUCACAUGAAGAUGCUGCUACAACAGUUUGUACAUUAUGGACUCGCACUUAAUCUGACUUUAUGGCCAACUUGGCAAUCUUUUCCAGCAGUCAUUUAGCUUGGAUUGCUCAUGCAUAUUAGUCAUUUCUGUGUUUGCCUUCCUAUUUGUGCCCUUAGAAUUUAGCUUGACUGAUGAUAGUUAAACUUUUUCUUAACCACCUCUUGUGUAUUCUAUUAUUUAUGCUUCCUUUAUUUUUUAUUGAAGUAAUGUACCUCUGUCUUUCCGCUCAGUGUGUUGUAUUGAAGCAUAAUUGCUGUUAUGAUAAGCAGAUUCUGACCUCCUUUAGUCUUUCUGAUUUCUUGUUUUCGUAGCAUUGCCUGCCCUACCAGGUUGCUUUUUAGUAGUCAGAUUAGAUGAAAAUGGAAAGAUGUUAGCUUCUUACUUGCCAGAAAGUUUACAAAAAUGGAAAUAUUUUCUUCUUAGGAAGCAGAACAGUAAGAGAGACUUGCUUCAUGUUCCAGUUCUUGAUAUAGAAAAGAAUAUAAUUUACUACAUGCUGGUACUGAAAAGAUAGAAAUAAGAAUGGGGGAAAAGAUGAUGACAAAGAGGAGGAGGAGAGGUAAGAGUCUUAAAAAAGAGAGAGACAAAUAAAGCUGGGAGAGAAGAGCCCGAUUCCAUUUCCUUACUGUUCAGUCUUAGACUACCUGGCUUUUGCCACUGAAAUACUACUAGGGACCUGAGUAUUAGUACCGCCUAGUGAUAUAUUUCGAGUCCUUUCAUUAGCACUUACUCCUUUAUGUGCUGUUGGCUAGGCAGUUCCAGCUAUACACAGAGCCAUAACUAGGACGAGGUGAAUGGCGAGGCUCACCUGUAUGCAAGAUGUUAAGGGGUGUGAUUGCAAGUGCCAGUUGGUGCACUGAUUUCUAAAGCCACAAGGAUAUCACAGCUUUGUAACUGAAUGCCAGUACUUUGUGGUCAUGGCUGAAGUGCUGAAAGCUGUUACUAUGUGUGGUGAGGGUGUAGUAAAUGUAGCAAGCUGCUUUUACUAGCAGAUUGCCAUAGACACCGGAGCAGAGAAUAGCUUUGUUCUUUUUUCUCCUUAACUUCUAUUUUAGAAGGUCCUAGUUUGGGGUUCAGCUCAGGCUGACAAAUGAGCUAGCUGUGAUUUUGACUACACACAUAAUCCCUGUCUUCCCGCUAGUAGUUCCUCUCUGCCUUCUACAUUUUUCUUUGAGCUGCUGCUGAGUAACACUGCCAUGGAAAUUAUAUGUGGUCUUCUAGUGACAUUGGGGAGAAAUAUGACUCAAAUGUCAGUCUAUCUGCAACCAAAAGUCAUAAUCUUUAAUUUACCAUCCCAUAUGUUGCAAAGGAAAAGACUGAAUGGUUUAGAGGCAAAUAUUCUGUCAAAGGCCAGUUAUAUAUCUUCUUGUGUUUGUCUGUAACCUGCAGUAGCCCUGAUAAGAUUGAGUAAGAUAACCUAAUAAAAUUAUCCAUCACCUAAAACAAAUUUUAUGGCUCCCGACUUCUCUCCAGAUAGCCUUAAAGCUGCUCCAGUCAUCACAAUUCAAAGGGUGCUGAAACAUGGUUCCUUCCAGUGGUGGAGCUGCUAGGACUGGUGUUUGCCAAGUAGGAAACACUAGAUGUUAUGUAGUCCAAUCUCGCCUGCAUUCUUACCCGUGGGUUCGGAGCCGAACUU